AAAUCGUGUCCACUCCGAAUCGCUCAACUAUCCGCGCCGUUCAGCAUUUGCGUGCGUUGUUCGCUUAUCUCCGUGUCUCUGCUUCUCCUUUUGCAAUCGUACUCCACCUUUUUCCAAUGCGUGUCUUCUGGCUCGGAGCUCCACAUGCGAUCGCUUAUUUCUCUCAUUCAUAACUACAUAUGGUCCUGUUCUUGGCAGUGCGAUGGUCGGCGGGACAUUUGCUUCCGCGGGAUCAGUCGUUCCGUCCUUACAUAUGUUAGAAUGACCUAAAUUUCCGACCAACCCGGGAGAGCACACCCCCUCCGAAUGUGAGC